AUCUUACAGAACUGCAUUCAGUUUAUCUUUUUACUUACCAAACUUCCACUUGGCAAAAUCAAAGUCCAAAUACAUUGGUCGUUGGAUUGAAGGUUGCUUCGUCAACAGCAUGCAGGUGAUAGGUACCUUGGGUAGCUGAGUUGGAUAGCAAUGGCUCAUAGCUCCAUUGUCUCGUAAUCGUUCCCUGACAACCCGACGACCCGCUUCCAUCCGUCGCCAUUCACUACCAUUCAACGCAUUAAUCAAUUCACAACGCCACUCCUUCGGGCACCGACAACUUCAACCUUACAAUUACCUACGAACCUCUGUCACCUGGAGUGACCUACAUAAGAAGUACAUGAAGGGAACCCCUCUACCUUGGUAGACAAUACAAUCCCGCAAUGUCCAUCCGAAUAUCCCUCGACGCCCCGCCCGAGUUCUAUACGAACCUCGACUUCAUCAGCGGCCGCGUGAUCCUCGUUCUACACAAAACAGAAAAUAUAGGAAAUGUAAUCGUCAAACUCGAGGGCGAGUCGCGCACGGCGCUCACCGUCCCCUCUCCUGGCGACCGAGACGACUACUACCACGCACGUCCUCCCGGCGGGGUCAUGGGCGGCGACGUCAUCACCGAGAACCACAAGAUCCUAUAUAAAGUGUUCCAAGUCUACCCCGACGACGGCGCCUCCAUCGCCUUUCAACCCGGCAUGCACGAGUUCAAAUUCAACUUUAAGAUGCCUCUCAAUAAUAUCUGCUAUGACGAGAAAGCCAUGAGCGGGCUACUGGGCCUCGGCGGUAUCGGCGGUAGUAGCGGUUUUCGCACUAUGGAUGGCACGAAGCAGCUCAUGCUGCAGCACGUCAAGUCUACCUUACCUCCCUCGCUCACCGGCUUUCCGCAGGAGGCCGAGAUCCGAUAUUACCUUAAGGUCACUAUCCAGCGCCCGGGCUUCUUUAAGGAGAACUGGCGCUACCAAGUCGGUUUCAAGUUCCUGCCUAUCGAACCUCCGCGGCCAGCGAAGACAAGCCAGGAAGCCUUCGCUCGACGGCCGUUCACAUUCCGGCCACGCGCCCCAACGCAUCAUCGCAAAUCAUUCUUCGGCAACAAAUCUCCCGGGCCCGGCGCCGAAGACCCGAGCCAGAUGCCACCGAACAUCGAGAUGUCGGCGCGCGUGCCGUUCCCCAGCAUCCUGACCUGCAAUGAGCCCCUGCCCCUGCGCAUAAUAGCGCGGAAGCUCGCUCCGACGACGACGCGUGAGCAGCAGGUGUAUGUGACGGCGCUCGAGCUUAAGUUGAUAGGAUACACGCAAGUGCGGGUGGAGAACCUCGAAAACACCGAGGUCACCGCGUUCCCCAUCUUCAGCGCCGCGCGCCUCUCGCCCCCGAUCGCGCUCUUUAGCUCCCCCUCUGACCCCGUCGAUACCGAGUUCGAGAUCCCGCGAUCGUUGUGGGCCGAACGAAGACUGCCGAAUACGGUCGCGCCGUCGUUCCGAACAUGUAAUCUGGCCAGGCGGUACGAGCUACAGAUCAUGAUAACGCUGAGCUGGGGCACGCCUCCGUCCGGUUCUUCGAUCUCGCUGGCGUCUGGCAAGCAACCUCUCGCGCAGACCAUAACGCUACCCCUAAAGCUCUCUAACGUGGAAGUCUUUUCGGGUAUCGCGCCGCCGCAAGAACUCCUCAACUCUAUCAACCACAACGCUAACGGUGAUAUCGUCGGCGCCGGUAUCGGCCCCGGUUUUGGUAUCGGCGGCCCUCACAUCCGUCCGCCGCAUCUCCCUCAAAGGCCGACGGGACAAAACGCACCGAACCAGCAAGGUCCGUCGCAACCACAGAGACCUCCUCACGACCCGUUGUACCCGCCGCAGCUGGGCACCCCCGCCAACGCCCAAUUCGACGAGGCGCCGCCUAGCUACGACGAGGCGAUGGCGGACCAGCUGGCGGGACCCGCGGCGCGGCCCGCGUACAGCGGGGUUACAGCGGAGAAUGCGCCGAGCACGAUGCCUGCGCAGAAGUCUUGAUUCAGGUUCUGUGUCUCUAUUUACAGUGGUAGCGCGUAAGCUUAAUAGGCAUGAUGAGAUCGGUGUAUAUUAGCAGGUUAGGAUAAGAGCGCACGGAAAAGGAACACGCCGCCGACGAUUCGCGGAAUUGCAGACGGCGGGACAACGGAGGUCAGGGCUUGGUUGUCAAAGACAUAGCGGAUGAUACCCCCUCGGGUUGGCUAACGUUGUUUAUUUAUAAAAAGCUGCGGUUGGUGUUCUGGUUGGAGUUACGGGAUCGAACUUACUUCUAAAGGGUUGCUGGUUCGGCGUUGCGAUGGAUGGGACGCAUAGAAGGCACGGGGUGUAUAUAAAGUUGGUACCUACUACCAGGUACCUAGGCAGGUAAUUACUAAAUUAAUUCCCAGGC